UAUUGGAUAGUAGAUACUCUUGAAAUAAAUGAUUUUUUUUUAACUAUUAAUAAAAUAUUUUAACUUUCCGUAUUUUCUUCCUUCUACAAUCUGCAUUCUCAAGUUUUAUCACAGACACACCCUUUAAUUCUAUUGGUAAAAUUAAUAUUCUACUGUUUACAUAAAGAGAUGUUUCAGGGUUAAUAUUCGCUUGGUGUUAUCCAAUCUGAUUGUUCCUCUUGGUACCUCCUUACCGCUAGAACAAGUACAGGAAGCACACCUCAUAUGACCAGCAGAUAAGAAGGCAGCAGAGUCAAUACGCAGAAGUAUAACGCACAUUCCUGCAGUUUGGCUGCUACUCUGGAAAACAGAAAAACAAGUUUACGUGAUAUCUACCUGUUGGUGUUAUACUGCAGAUACUGCACAGAGAGGUAUGGCUUUCAGUAUAAGCCUCCCUUUACUGGAGAACCAGUUGACUUGUCCAAUAUGCCUGGAGGUAUUUAAGGACCCGGCCAUGCUGCAGUGUGGACAUUCCUACUGCAGAGACUGUUUAUGGGGGUUGAUGAAGGAAUCCCACAUCAUUCUGCUGUGCCCUGUGUGCCGCCAAGAAGUGGACUAUAGUUCCUCACCUCCCAAUGUUACAUUAAAGCGCCUCAUUGAGACUCUGAAGGUAUUAGGUGAGGAGCAAGCUGCUUGUGAGACAUGCCCAAAUCACAAUAACCCCCUCAGCCUGUACUGCGAGCAAGACCAAGAAGUUAUCUGUGGCCUUUGUGGGACUAUUGGCGACCACAAGCAUCACCACAUCACACCACUCACAAGUGUGUAUAGUCGAAUGAAGGAAGAUGUGUCUGCACUGAUGACGGAGCUGCAAAAAGACAGAAGGGCUCUGGAGGAGCAGAUAAGCAAACUCACCAACAACAAGACCCGUAUAACAAACGAGUCUGAUGUCUUUCAGCGUCUAAUCUGCAAGGAGUUCCAGGAGCUUCAGAGAUACAUUGCAGAGGAAGAGGAUCACUUCCUUAAACUAGUCUCCAGGAAAGCUACAGAGCUCAUCAGCAACAUUGAGAUUCAAGUAAAGCAGAAAAAUGAAAUCCUGUGCUCUGUAAAGGAGAAAGAAAGACAGCUGGAGAUCCUGGGAAAUGAGAAUCACCUGCAUUUCAUCCAGGACUAUUCUGCUGUGACAUCCAGCUGUCAACCACCAAGCCCACGCAGUGUGGACACAACCUAUAGCCCUGUUUCCUUCAAGCCUGGAUUCCGUCAAGAUGACAUCAAACUGACAGUAUGGAAACGUCUGCAACGCAGAAUUUUUCCUCCUCCAGAGAUUUUGAAACUUGACCCUCUUACUGCACAUCCUUUUCUGGAGUUGGCAAAAGGGAAUACCGUUGUUCAGUGCCGAUCUCUAGCAAACCGCCGUGCAAGCAAUCCUGAAGGCUUUGAAAACAGCAGCUGUGUUCUGGCAACACGUGGUUUUUCUACUGGCAAGCACUACUGGGAAGUGAUUGUUGGCACCAAACCAAAGUGGAGAAUUGGUGUGGUGAAGGGCACUGUAAGUCGCAAAGGCAAAAUGAUUAGAGCACCAGAAGCAGGAGCUUGGCUCAUAGGACUUAAAGAAGGACGUUUCUAUGAAGCCUUUACAUCUCCCAGCGUUACUCUGCCCAUCAACUCCCGUCCACAACGCAUUGGUAUCUUCCUGAAUUAUGAGAAAGGAGAACUGAUCUUUUAUAAUGCAGACAACCCUGAUGAGCUUACUCCUCUGUAUACAUUCCAUGCAGAGUUCCAGGGAAAGCUGUACCCUGUUCUGGAUGUGUGUUGGCAAGAGAGGGGAACUAAUCCUCAACCUCUUAUAUUGCCAUUUCCAGAAAGAGUGGUGAAGACCCUGUAAAUGCUUUUAAAUUCUACUGACCCUGUUUCCUAGCAUAACAACAGCACUUUACUUAUACUUUCAGAGGACAUUACAUUUUAUAAAUAUAUAUAUAUGUGGAAAAUCAAAGUUUUAACUGAACCGUAGGAGAAAAGAUAGCUUAUACGUUUUGAACCUCUUAACUUCAAACUUUAAGCAUACUAGAAACAAAUUAUCUCUUUUAAAGCGGGUUUAAAGUAUUUUUGCACUGUUUUAAAUAAUUUAUAGAUGUUUACUUCUUAUAAGUCCUUCUUAUAAGUCCUACAAACUGGGGGCUCUCAAUUAUCUUAAUUUGCUGAAGUUGCAGCACUGAUUUGUCCUUGUCCACCUCAUGUGCACCACUACUGGUUAUUGAGAUCAACCAAUACAAUGAGUGCCAGUGGUAGCGUUGGAUCGAUCAAACCCUCCACCCACCCUGUCACUCGGUCAAUUGGUGAACAAACCCCCCACCCCCUGUCGCUCGCCCGUCCGGCUUCCCCCUGUGUCUCCUCCUUGGCGGCUUCCCCCCCUGCUUCUGCUCCUGGCCAAUACGGUCGCUUAUCCUCUCGGCCAGUUAGGUCUUAAGGCCCACUUCCUGAUUGGCCAGGAGGAGAAGCAGGAAGAUAAUAUCAAAUAUUAAUUUGCUAUUGUCACAAAAAUGGGUGGGCUCGGGCCCUUUGCUUUGCACCCGAGCCAACACUUUUUAAGCUAAUUAGAGCAUUAAAAAUCCAUGCGUCCGGUGCCCUGCAUAUAAAUUAGGGGCUGGGCGCAUGAAUUAGGGGGUUGGUACCCCUGGGCCCUUAAUAGAGCAGCCGCUACUGGUGAGCGCCAGUAAGAGAGGUGCAGAGGAAGAAAGGAUACAUUUCCUUCUUCAGGCAAAGCUACUACUUGCAAAGAUCAAUGACCCAAGUAAGUGUUGGUGCAAUUAUUAUAGUUUUGUGAGCACACCUCUAGGUUUAUACUUUGCAGUCCUCUUGUGAGGUUAAUUUUACAUUCUGUCACAUUGUAACAUACAGCUUCAAAUCAUUCCCUAACAAUUCAGUUUCAUAGACAAGAUCUUUAAAGAAUUUCAGAAACUCAUCACUCUUUUGUUGAUAAGUGUUUGAAAACACUUAGAUAUCAGGAUUUCAAAAAAGAAGAUAUUGCAUAUUUUAGUGAGCACUUAUUAGUUCUUAUUGUAGUGUUUACCUAGUAGUAAUUUAUAAUGUUGCUUUUGCAUUUUCACAAUGUGACUUUCACAUUUGUUUCUAUGUUAUUAAAUAUAUAGAUUUGUAGUUUAGCCACUAGAGCCAGUAUAGAUUAGCCAAUUCUGUGACUCUGCCUAACAACUGCUGAAGUAGGAUAUCGGUCACAAAGGAAGUGUGUUCAGCGAGUCAACUGACUCCCAGAUUUGCAUUGUGGAAAGAAACAGUAAAGCACACUCAUUGUGUAGCACUGCACGGUAGGUAGCAGAGCCAGGAUAUGUAAUGAUAAACUACACAUUUAAAUAUAUAUAUUUUUUUAAUUCAAAAACACUGAUCACUUUGAAGGGCGUUGUACAUAGUAAAGUUAAUGUAUGGAUAAACAGGGGGAUAUGGGCCGUCUUUCACUACAGUGGCUCCCUAAAAUAAGUAAAGUGUAAUGAGAAUCUGUUUCUAUUUAAGGUCCUACUUAUUUCAAGUGUCACAAAUGUCCACCAUCACGUUAAACAGGGCUUUCGGGCCGAGCGGACAUGUACGGUGAGUCUGUACAGACGACCGAACAUGUCCGACGGACAGGCUUCCA